AAAAAACAAAAUUCAGAAUUAAAUCAAUUUUCUCCAUCUAAUCGGAAUAAACAAAAUGGUGUUAAGAACAUCCGUUCUCAUCCUAUCAUUUAUGUUAUCUUGCAUAAUCAUGUUACGUGUAACCAAUGUAGCAAGAGCUUUGCCAAUAUGUGUAUCGAAAGAUGAAUGCAAAUUCGGUAUAUGGUGUGGUGAUGGAAGUGGAGGAACGUGUUUUCAUUUUUCUUGUCAAAUAGAUAUGGAUUGUAGGAAACUUGUUCGUUGCAAUACACCAGAGCCUUAUUGUAUGAAGGGAAUAUGUAGUUGUUAA